AUGACAGGCACGCUAUCCCCGCAAUCUGUCCCUUCAUCGCCUUCUUUCCAGGCCAACCGCUCCGCGCGCUCCUCCUCCCACAAACCGUCUCUCUCUAUCGACCUCUCCAGCCUCCCACCGCUCUCUCAGCCAUCACCACCAACCAACACCCUCCUGAUCACCGACCUCAACGACCUCUACCUCUUCCAACCUUCGUCUCUCUCCACCAUCCGCGCACAAAUUGAGUCUAUCGCGCCCCUCAACUCCUUUUCCCCGCUUCCCUCGUUCCGCCGUAUCGUCUGCUCCUUUAGAAACGAAGACGAUGCAAUCCGCGUCCGCAAGCUCCUUGACCGCGAAAGCCUCCUUAACCGGGAAGUCCGCACAAAGAUCUACUUCGGCGAGCCAACGCCUCUUCUAGAAACCGACGAGACUGGCACCGGCAUCAAGCACAAGCUCCUCGAGGCCCCCCAGGUUGACAAGCUCUUCUUCAUCAGCCCGCCGCCCUCGCCACCCCACGGAUGGGUUAUGCGCACAGAGGACCCCCCGAACAAGGAAGUCCACGCUAGCGAUCUCGCCCAGGCCCUCGCGAUGCUGAAGACCGAGCAGUCGUCAACCGCAACUCCCGCCGUUGGCAACAUCUACUCCACCGGCUCGUCCCAACAGCAGACUGACCCGGAUACCCCAAUGUCUCUCUCAUCCGAUAAGCGAACUGGAAGCUGGCCUCUGUCUCAGCAGCGGAGCAGGAGCAGCACCCUCAUUUACAACCCCGGGGAGCACGGUGGUAGCCCAAAUCUCCCUGCCGUCAUGGUCGAAGAUACAACAGCCGACCCAGAUGACAUGGACGUGGAGAUGAGCCCUCUUGAUAUGCCGAAGCAGACACCACCUUUUAAGACUUCUCGUCCUCCCGUCGAGCUGAUGAUCUAA